AUGGACUCCAAGAGGUUAUUUCAUGUAAUAGCAGUACUUCUGCUAUUCAAUUUCUUUUCAUUGUUUGAUGCAAUAGACACCAUAACACAAACCCAGCUCAUCUCUGAUGGUAAAAGUGAAGCCCUGUUAUCAUCCAAUGGAAAUUUCAAGCUAGGUUUCUUUAGCCCCAGCAACUCUAUAAGACGUUAUCCUUAUGUGAACAAUGAGGAUGAGAUUUCUAUUUCUUUCACGGCAAGAAAUGGUACUCUUCCCUCAGUACUUGUGCUAGAACCCAUGGGAACUUUGCAACGACUAGUAUGGUGGAAUAACAGUGACAGCAACGAAAAUUGGGACAGAUUUUGGAUGGCGCCACAGUAUGUGUAUGAUGAGUAUGCCAAAUGUGGAGCAUCAGCCAUAUGCACCGUAUCCAAUGCUGUGCAGUGCACUUGCCUACCUAGGUGUCAGCCAUUGGAUCCUGCUGAUUGGUCUUUAACAUGUGUGGAGAAGAGAAAGGAAUCUUGUGGCAAGGGCGAUGGAGAAGGGUUUAUAACAUUGGAAAGAGUAAAAGUCCCAGAUUGUAGCUUUUCAAGGGUUUAUGCACAUAUGGGUCUAAAGGAGUGUGAGAAAGAGUACCUGAAGAAUUGCAAUUGUACCGAUAUUAAAGGCAUCAUUUUGUUUAAGUUCAGAAAUGAAGAGUUGAAUGUGUUAGCAGUCUAG